AGGGUGACCGAUGGGGUCCAGAGGACCCAGGUUCGGGGGCUGGGCUUCGAUGCCACCUGUUCUCUUGUGGUUCUGGACAGGAACUUUCAGCCGGUGUCGGUCACUCAGGAUGGUGACACACACAGGAACGUAGUGAUGUGGAUGGACCAUCGUGCUGAGAAGCAGGCCGCUUGGAUAACUAGCACCAACCACAGGGUCCUGAGCAGGGUGGGAGGGGUCAUGUCACCUGAGAUGCAGCCCCCUAAGCUUCUCUGGCUCAAAGAGAAUCUGAAGGACAGCUGUUGGGACAAAGCAGCUCACUUUUUUGAUUUGCCAGACUUCUUGUCUUGGAAGGCAACAGGUUCUUUAACAAGGUCUUUGUGUACUCUGGUGUGUAAAUGGACAUACUGUCCCUCAGAAGGAUGGGAUGCCAGUUUCUGGACUAGCAUUGGACUGGGGGACCUUCUGGAUAAUAACUUCUCCAAAAUAGGCAGCGCGACCUGUUCACCAGGAAGUCCUCUUGGAGAAGGUCUGACUGUGGAGGCUGCAGCAGAUCUUGGUUUGAACCCUGGAACUGCAGUCGGUGCUUCUCUCAUUGAUGCACAUGCUGGAGGCCUAGGUGUGAUAGGAGCUGACGUGCACGGCUUUGACCUGCCCUGUGAGCUGCAGCCCCUCACAUCCCGCCUGGUCAUGGUCUGCGGGACGUCCACGUGUCACAUGGCGAUCAGCGAGGGGCCUCUGAUGGUGCCGGGGGUGUGGGGGCCCUACCGGUCUGCCAUGGUGCCAGGCCUGUGGCUCAACGAGGGAGGACAGAGCGCCACAGGAAUGCUGAUUGAGCACGUUGUGAAGGGCCACGCCGCCUACAGCCGGCUCCAGGCGCUAACACAGCCCAGAGCUUCUGCUCCCGGGGAGAACAUCUACUCAUACCUGAACAGACAUUUGAGUCUGAUGGCUCUCUCAGGUUCUGCUGUGGACCUGCUGGGAUCCAGCCUUCAUGUGUGGCCAGAUUUCCACGGGAACAGGUCGCCACUCGCUGACCCAACUUUGAAAGGCAUGGUGGUGGGGCUGUCUCUCUCCCAGACCUUGGAUGACUUGGCCCUGCUUUAUCUAGCUACCAUUCAAGCCAUCGCUCUUGGAACACUUCAUAUUUUGGAGGCCAUGAAAGCAGCAGGACAUGACAUCAGCACCCUCUUCCUGUGUGGCGGGCUGAGCAAAAACCCCCUGUUUGUGCAGAUCCAGGCCAAUGCUGCAGGACUGCCCGCGGUGCUGCCACAUCAGACGGACGCUGUUUUAGUCGGAGCAGCGGUGCUCGGAGCGUGUGCCUCACAGGAGUAUGGCUCAGUACAGGAGGCGAUGAAGAAAAUGGCUAAAGUGGGGAGAGUUGUUCAGCCGGAGCGCGACCUGAAGAGCUUCUAUUCCAGAAAGUACCAAGUGUUCCUGCAGAUGUUCGCCCACCAGAGGGAGUACCAGGCCCUGAUGCUGCCCAGAUGACAGACCUGCUGGAAGAGGCAGAGCUCUGAUUGUUCUCUUAACAAGAACAAUUUCACACUUUUCUUUAGUUCAGUCUCACAAAGGAAACCACUUCCUGACGUUGAGCAUUUGUCGUGAGGUUUGUUUUCCUGAAAGUUUGCUCAGUGACAAAGACACAGGAAGUCAAACAACAAGAAGUUUCAUGACAAACGUUUUCAGGUCCACUGCUGACGUCGUGCCUAAGAACAUGAACAAACAUCAGUCAUCUUCAAAAUGCAUUCCUAAUAAAUCUGU